AUGGCUUUACUACCAACAGAAAAAUAUAUGAAUAUAAGAAACCUGUUAACAAAUUUUAUUAUUGACACAAUUAUUAAUGAUGGCUUUAUGGAAUAUAUUUUAUCAUGUCGAAAGCAAUGUCGAGAUAUAAACCGACGUUACCGUCCAAUAUCAUUACGUGAAUCAGAGAAUUAUCUACGAAACCAUCAACUUCCAUUACUGUUGACUGGUAGUUUUGCUGAAGGAUUAAAUAUACCAUCGUUGUUCAGUGAUAAAUGUACCAUGGACAUAUCUGAUUGUGAUAUUAUCUAUACAAUACCAUUAUUGACAUGCAAUAUGUCAGCUACUAAUCGUAAAACCGCAGUAUUUCUAAUUAAUACUCAACAUACACAUAGUGGAUAUUUGAAUUUAAUUCUUGAUACAAAUUCAAGAAAUAUUAAAUCAAUACCCUAUGAAUAUGUAUCAGAUUUGAACUUAAUUGCAUAUAAAUGUGCGGAUGAAAUUGUGGAAAAUCAAACAACAGAACGACAUGGACCAGCACAACAAAUUGAUAGUGAAUAUAGAGCAUCGGGAUUAAAUGUAAUAUAUUCAAAGGAUUUUGUUGUUGCUUUACAAUGUCUAUCAUGGCCAGCUCCAGAAUGGAUUGAACGGCAACGAUCCGAUCUAUGGCCAAAGUCAUCUACUAUAAAAAUAAUUGUUCAACAAGGUUGUCAUGUAGUACCAGUGUUUCAUGCUAAAAGUAAUCAACCAGAUAUUGAAUGGCGAUAUUCAUUUUCCUAUGCUGAAUUAAUAUUAGCAGAAGAGAUACCUUACUAUACACGUAAAACUUAUUUGAUAUUUAAACUAUUGUGUAAAAAAUAUUUAAAUCCAUAUUUUCCAUUAAAAACCUAUUAUUUAAAAACAAUAUUAUUCUGGUGUUGUGAAGAAUAUCCAGCCAUAUUUCUAGAGAAUAAUAAUGAUCUAUUAGUCGUUAAAAUUCAAUUUAUUGCUACUAAAUUAGAUAAACUCAUGGAGCGGUUAUCAAAAUCAAUUGAGAAACAAGAAUUACCAAAUUAUUUUAUUCGAACAAAUAAUAUGUUUGAUUGUUGUAUCGAUUCACAUACAGCAUCAAUAAUCGAAAAAAUACAAUAUUUAAGACAAAAUU